UGAACACGCCUCCUAGCCUGACAAACCAUAGCAGCAAGUUGAUCAUCAUCCGCGAGAAGGUGCAGUUUGAGCUGGUCUGCGAGGGACACAGUGCCAGCAAGCAGGGAGAUGAACAAGCAGAGUUGGAGUUCCUCUGGAAGAAGGACGGUGUGUUCUACGAGCGCGACUCGUGGCGGGUGUUCCAGCCCGACAACGCCGGCACCCUGACCUUCACCCAGGCAAUGGAGGAGGACGCAGGCAUCUACCAGUGUCUCGUCAAGAACAGUCUGGGAACCGCCGUCACGCAGUACACGGACGUGCUCUACGGACACGUCGGCGACUUCUCGCCUCCCGUCGUCAAGGAGCACAGCGUGAGGAACGGCGACGCGUUGCACCUGAAGUGCGACAAGAUUCCCGUCAGCAUCCCUCCCGCUCAGCUUAUGUGGACGUACAGACCGAAAGAGCAGAAGAAGAACGGG